GUUUAGGACUAUAAAAAUACAAACAAUGACACAACAUUACAUUUCCACCACAUAUCAAUCAAACACAAACUCAUCAGUCAUCACUACUCAACCCAAAAUGUCUUCCACCACCACCACCAAAGAACUAAAAACUGAUCUCUCCCCCCUCAUCCGAGUGUACACCGACGGCUCCGUCGAGCGCCUCUGGGGUCCCCCUACCGUCCCCGCCACCCUAGAAGACCCCGAAACCGGCGUCGCCUCCAAAGACAUCACACUCUCGCCAACAACUAACCUCAUUGCCAGACUCCACCUUCCUAAACUCACCCAACAAAACCAAAAACUCCCCAUCGUAGUGUACUUCCACGGAGGCGGCUUCUGCCUCAAGUCCGCCUUUUCUUCCACCGAGCACCGCUACAUGAACUUCUUAGCCACCGAAGCUCAUGCACUCAUCGUCAACGUCGAAUAUCGUCUCGCACCCGAACACCCUCUCCCUGCAGCCUACGACGACGGAUGGACCGCCCUAAACUCUCUAGCGUCCGUCGACGAGCCAUGGAUCACCAACCACGGCGAUCUCAACACAAUCUUCGUAGGAGGCGACAGUGCAGGAGCCAACAUAGCUCAUAACUUAGCCAUGAGAGCAGGAUCAGAGACUUUAAACAAUGGUAUCAAACUACGUGGGAUAUAUCUUUGUCAUCCAUACUUCCUAGGGCCUAAACGGGUCGGAACACGGGACCCGAAACACGACAUGGGUUUUAAUAAGGAGAGGGCAUAUGAUACUUGGGAGCUUGCUUAUCCAGGUGCUGGACCUAAUCAUUAUAUGAUUAAUCCAUCAGUGAAAGAUGCUCCAAGUUUGAAGGAUUUAGGGUGUGAAAAAGUGCUGGUGAUUACUGGUGAAAAUGAUGAUAUUGUAGAUUGGGGUGUUUUGUAUUAUAAUGGGUUGAAAGAAAGUGGAUAUGGUGGAAAUGUUGAAUUGUUUGAGGUUAAAGAUGAAGGUCAUUCAUUUCAGGUUUUUAAUCCUACUUGUGAGAAUGCUAAGCUUAUGAUCCAGUGUUUGGCUUCCUUCUUCCACAGCUGAUUAAAUUUAAUCAUGAAAUUAAACAAAAUCAUCAAUUAUGUACUAUUUCCAAGUAAUUGAGUUUUAUCCUAUAGAAUUAUUGUUGUUUUGGAUCAGUUUCGCAAUAAUUAAAUAAAUGUUUGUUUUCUA